UCCAUCGUGCAUAGAGGCCAAAGCGUAACUUGUAUUAAAACAAUGGAGUCUAAAGCUCCAAGAGCUAAGAGGCUCAAAUACAUGACGAAAUCCAAGCCAGGUAGUACGUAUAUAGUAAGCAUAUACGCAACCAAGUGCAGUCUAGGGCCGCUCGCUCGCUCGCUCGGAGGCACAAGCCUAGCAUGCUGCGUUUCAUGCCUUUGACAGUGAGCGCCGCCUUCAGAAAGUCUACUGAUGCUGGGGAUUUCUCGUGAAAGAGAAGAGCACCAGCUCUAUGAAGCCCACCGUCAGAAACAUAUUAUGCAUUAGACGAAUCAGAGGUUUCCUCGUGGAGAAAGCUCGGAUUCAAUGGGAACCAAGUACACACGUAUUACAUGAAACACAAAUCUGAUGUUACGUACGAACCACACCUCCUCCUGGUCACACGACGACUGGAAGAAGGAAAAACUGCAGUAUUCGUACAUAUCUUACACUUGCCCACAGCAAACGUCCCCGGCAGUUGAUGCACGCACGAAAUGGGCCGUGAGAAUCGCUGCCAAAUGCAUGCGUUAUCGAAGGGGGUCCCGGAAUAGCGAGGCCGCAGCCACAGAUCAGCUCCAUCGUCUGUGCUGGGAGCUGUUGUAUGUCUGGUGGGGUGACCGGACCUCGCAUUGGCAAGUCGGCUCAUCGUUGUAAGUCUGCUCCGUGGUUUCCUCACGAAUCGGUUCCAGCCGUGAUCCUGAUGGCGAUCUAUCGACUCGGAUCACCUUGGCCGGAGCCUUGUCCUGCUUGCGUGACUUGCCCAUGCUUAGAAGUCUGUGGGUUUUGCUGGACCGAGGUCUUUUGCGUCAAUACGCUUGACUGCAGCCUCGCAGUUCAGCUCCAGCUCUGCCGGGCGGAACUUAUACCUCGAAAGACCCAAAGGGAUCAGAAAUUCUCAGUUGCAAAUUGUGACCCAAGAUGCCCCGUGAAAGUCCGAUACUUGAAUCAGAACUCGAAGCAGGCAACUGUGUGAUUCUGAGCUUCAAUGGAAGGAUGAGUUCGAUAGACCGAGAAGUAUUAUAGCUCGUCAGCUAGCUGGAAGAGACCAUCACUUGGACCGCUAUGUAUCCGUAAGACUGGCCUUAAUUCUCCAGACGCUGAACCUGUGCUGGCGAGACAGAGCCUCAGGGCGGAAGUAUUCGAAUGCGAAAGCCAGGAGGUGUUCGAGGGGCUGUCGACUUACAAGGCUUACUCUAGCUCUGAUUUAUAGAAAGUUCAUAGCAAGAAUCCAAUGACAAAGCGGACUCGCUCUCGAAAAGUCGAAGCUGAGAACAAACUCAAAGGUGAAUGAGACUCGAUUUAGAGCUCUCUCUUUUAGAACCAGCUCGUGCAAGGAUGGAUAGUCAGAUCAACAACUGAGACUAGAAAUGCAGCUGAGAG